UAAAAUAUCUGUCUCAUUCAUUUCAGAAAAUGGAAUCAUCAAGACAGAUAAAGUAUUUGAAGUGAUGCUGGCUACAGACCGCUCCCACUAUGCAAAAUCUAACCCUUAUAUGGAUUCUCCACAAUCAAUAGGUUUCCAAGCUACCAUUAGCGCCCCUCACAUGCAUGCAUAUGCACUAGAACUUCUGUUUGACCAGUUACAUGAAGGUGCUAAAGCCCUUGAUGUAGGAUCUGGAAGCGGAAUCCUCACUGCAUGUUUUGCACGGAUGGUUGGACAAAGUGGAAAAGUCAUAGGAAUUGAUCACAUUAAAGAACUAGUAGAUGACUCCAUAAACAACGUCAAAAAGGACGACCCAAUGCUUCUGUCUUCAGGACGAGUACGACUGGUUGUGGGUGACGGAAGAAUGGGAUAUGCUGAGGAAGCUCCUUACGAUGCUAUUCAUGUAGGGGCUGCUGCCCCAGUUGUGCCCCAGGCAUUAAUAGACCAGUUAAAGCCUGGUGGAAGAUUGAUAUUGCCAGUUGGUCCUGCAGGAGGAAACCAAAUGUUGGAGCAGUAUGACAAGCUACAAGAUGGCAGUGUCAAAAUGAAGCCUCUGAUGGGGGUGAUAUACGUGCCUUUAACAGAUAAAGAAAAGCAGUGGUCCAGGUGGAAGUGAUUUUCUCUUCUGCUCUUUCUUCUUCCACACAUUCAAGAGAUGAACUAUAAAAGCAACAUGAGCUUGACCAGUCUAUAACAUUGCAGUGGAUUGCUCAUCUCGGUCCUUAAAGCAUUUGAAAACCAACGGCAUCACAGCUUGUUUUGGACUUUGUUACACUCUUAUUUUCAGCAUGAAAAUGUGUGGUUUUGUAGGAUUUCCUAAUUCAAAGAGGCGCAGAGCCAAACUGGUAGAGGAGGGCUGCAAAGUAUAACUUUGUGUGUUGUUUUAACAUGCCCACAUUUUAUUUUAAAAAUAUUAAAAGAAAGGGUUCUCCACAUGGAAAACCUAGUUUAUUAAUUAGUUUUGAAGGAUGGCUUUGCUUUUCUUGAACACUUAAUUCUGUUCCAAUAUUAAUUUAUCAGAUUUCUUUUGUGCAUCAGAUAACACCACCAUUCACAAGUUUAGGUUUCUUGGUAGCUGAUGUCCAUUAGAUGCUACUAAGAAAAUAGAGGUGAGCUUUCUUUUUAAAGCUUUUGAUGUGGUGUCGUAGGAUAGCAUGUUGUAGAUACAAUCAGCUGCUGUUACCUUAAAACUAAGUGUUUGUAAAUACUGAAACCUCAGACGACGGCAGGUGGUGUCCUGUAAACACUCAGCUGUUCAGAUUGGACAUCUCUGAUGUAAUUUUCUUCUCUCUAAAAAUGAUAGGAGGUUGUAGCUCAAUAUCGUUUUCUGUUUCUAGUUUGCUGCUGAUACUGUAUCUGCGCCUAACACGCUGUGUAAGCUGUUGCUAGUCUGCACAGUUUAUACAGCGCUGCUUUGCCAAAUAAAAUUAAAAGCAAAAGAA